AUGACUACCACUGCAAAUACUGACUCAGAUGACCAAAGUAGCCUUGGUGCAUUUUUGGCUUGUGACUGGUUGAUGUCUGCUAACACAUAUGUUUCAGAUGCUGUAUUGCAACUACUGUCCUCAUUGAUGCUAUCGCAUGAUGAUGUGCAAAUCCUCAUCCAGGUGAUUUCUGAUGGCAGCUCAAGCUCUCCUGCCAAAUCGUCUGCAGCUGUCAUGACACCUACAGCAACCAUCAUCACCCCAGCAGUUAUUACCCCAGUCACUGCAUGUGUGCAGACAGCACCUACCCCUGCCAUGCACUCAGUGACCAUCAUCACUUCCCUAGUCACCCCAUGUGUGCAGACAGUACCCACCCCUACUAUGCACUUAGGUUAUCUCAGUUUCCCACAUCUUCCAAUGACAGUUGUCAUCGUCAAUGGUGAGGCAAGGGGCCAGCAGAAAUAUCAUGAUUUCAGCUUCGAUGUUCCACAUGCUGAGGCCCUUAGUCCAUUCUACCUUGUUACCUGCGGUCACUGGUGCACAUCUCUGCAUGUCCUUGGUGUCAGCUGCAUGUCAUUCAGCUGCUCCAAGUCCCUCGAAGACAGUCUGAUUUGCAUGCUCAAAUCCAUUGAUCUUGGAGAAGUGCAGUUGCUACCUUAA